CCAGGACUUUGUCACUUGUUCACAUUUUAACAGUAGCAGUAAACUAGUGCAGAAAGUGUAACAAAAAUGGAGGUGUCAAGACUUCCGGUAUCAGCAUCAACGAGAGGGAAGCUCAUCUCAGCUGGCUACACUUCUUUUUCUUCUCUCUCCAAUUUUUCUCCUUCUGAACUCGCAAUAGCGGUAAAGAUCCCUGAAAAAGAAGCAGAUGAAAUUCUGAAGCUUGCUACACAUGAUGGUAAAUCGGACAAUACAAAGGGAACGCAAGCUGUUGUUAGUGGUGGACAAACAGCAUGGGACAUGCUAAAGGAAGAUGAAGGUCUUAGGUGCAUAACCACAUCUUGUGCUGCUUUGGAUAAGAUCCUAGGUGGAGGAAUUAAUUGCAAAGAGGUUACUGAAAUUGGCGGAGUGCCAGGAAUUGGCAAAACACAACUGGGGAUUCAACUUGCAAUUAAUGUCCAAAUACCACAUGAGCAUGGUGGCCUUGCGGCCAAGGCAAUAUACAUAGAUACAGAAGGAAGCUUCAUGGUGGAGCGUGUUUUGCAAAUUGCAGCGGCAUGCCUGUCAGAGUAUUAUGAGUUACCCCGGAGGGGUUCUAAUGCUAACCAACCUAAUAGACAGCCCCAAGAUCUUCUUGAAAAUAUUUAUUAUUUUCGUGUCUGCAGUUAUACUGAGCAAAUUGCCGCGAUAAAUUAUUUGGGAAAGUUCAUCAAAGAACACAAAGAAGUUAAGAUUGUCAUUGUGGAUAGUAUCACUUUCCACUUCCGUCAAGAUUUUGAGAACAUGGCCCUUCGAACUCGACUACUCAGCGAAUUGGCCCUAAAGUUGAUGAAAGUUGCUAAUGAAUUCAAACUAGCGGUUGUCCUCUUAAAUCAAGUAACCACAAAGUACUCGGAGGGUUCAGUUCACUUAACUUUGGCACUGGGUGAUAGUUGGUCACAUGCCAGCACAAAUCGGAUCAUUUUGCACUGGAAUGCCAAUGAACGAUAUGCAUACAUUGACAAAUCCCCCACUCUCCAAUCAUCUUCAGCACCAUACGCAGUGACAGGUAAAGGUAUUCGGGAUUCAGUUUCAGACCAUAAAAGGGCGAAGUUGAUGUAAGCUUUUAUGGUAAACUGUACAGUUAAAUCUCGUUGGAUGCUUGGGACACAUAUUAAUUCAUCGAGGUUAAAUUAAUUUGUCCGAAUUAUGUGGGAAUGGAAAAAUUUAUUCAUUUUGACGAGUUCAUACUUAAUUAUGUUUUGUUGUGUUC